AAAAAAAAAAAAACCUAGAUUAACCCCAAGCACCAACCCAUUUAUUUAAAAUCAAAAAAGCCUAUCAUCUUCAAAACCGUUUCAAACUCAUUCAAGUCUCCCUCUUCUUCACGUUCUUCCUCCCAAAACCGGCGAUUUUCGCUGCUGCUGCUUCACGUUGUCUCUCAUUGUUGUUGCUGCUUCUUCAUUCUUUCUUAGAUAAAAUGGUUCCAAGCAAAAGAAAAAGAGAGUAAUCAACUGAGGCAUCACGAGAUAGUAAAAGACCCAAGGGGCAAACACCAUUAGAAGAGCUUGCUGAACAUGCUAUUUCUGAAUCAGCAAAUGUAGAUCCAAGUGAUAAUCAAACUAAUAAAUAAUCUUCAGAUAGAGAAGAGGGCUCAAGGUCCAAGGAAACCUCUCAAGUAGAAGUUUAUGUAGAUGGCCAUGAUGAACAGCCUGAAGAUGGCCAAGGAGCAGGAGAUAAAAAUCAAGAAAGUGAAGAAGAUCAAGAAGAUGAAGAAAAGAUGAUGGAAAUGAAGAAGAUAAAAAGGAUAAUGAAGAAGAAAACGAAAAUGAAAAGGAUAAUGAAUAAGAUGAAAAGGAUAAUGAAGAAGAUCAAGAUGAAGAAGAAAAUACAGAUCAAAGGUCGACGAUCGUAGCUGAAAUAAGAAACAAAAUCGACAUAAUGUGAAUGCCAAUAUUGUUGAGUGUUCUAGUAUUUACAAAGAUCCUAACAGACCUUUCAUCGAUGAUGUCAUCAAAUGUUUUAGUAUUUAAAAAUACGGUGUGAGAAUGCCCAUGAAUGUACACAAUGAUUUGGCCGGUGAUAUUGUGGCCAAAUCAGCCAUAGGUAGGAGUUUUGAUAAGUUUAGGGUCAUACUUAAAAAGCAAGGGUUGGAGGAUUUUUUUAGGUCUAGCUAUUUUGGGUUUUAUUUAGAUUUGUCUGAAGAGACCGGUGCACGAUUUCAAAUGGCCAUGGUAUAUGGACUUUUGAAAUGUAUGAUUAUUUGUGAAGAAAAUGAUGAGGUUUGGAUAAAUUUAUGUGGUAUGCCGGUUUGCUUUGACAUAAAGGAGUUUGUUAUAGUUACCGGCUUGAGAUGUCAUCCUUGUGAGGUUCCUAUUGUUACAUUAGCGAAGCCAAUGCGGACAAUCAAGGCAGCCAAAGAAGUCAAGGCAACCAAGAAAGCAAAGGGUAGAAAAGGUAAGAAUGAUGUUGAUUUGGUGGAUUUAGUGAGAAAGAGCUACAAAGAGGAGAAGUUGAUUAAAGAUUUGCAGUCCAAAAAUGUGUCAAAAAAGCACAAGGAGUCAAUGUGCUUAGUUUGGUUUGUACAUAGUGUUCUUUGGGCAAAAGACACAAACAUCAACAUACCACUUGGUUUGAUUAAACUGGCGGAGGACUAUGAGGCAUUCAACAACUACGGAUGGGGUCGAGAAAGCUUUAGGUUGACAAUUUAUUUAGAGAUUUGAAGCCAAUAGUGAAGACAGUCAACCUAUAUGGCUUCCCUUGGGCUUUCAUUGCCAAGAACAACACAAAUUUGAGUGUUGAUCUUUUUAACCCCCAUAAGGAAGAGGCAAGCCUUAGAACACAUGUAUAUAUAAUACUAGU